AAUACAGCGUAAGGCCGGAAACAUUAGACAGCGGAAAAGAAGCAAACUACAUAUUUUCAAAGUAGGCUAUUUCUGAGAUAACUUGCUAGCAGUCAUGUCGAGCACAGAUAUAUUUCAGACACAGUUAUCCCAAAUCAUGGGGUUAUUAGUUGAAUCAACAGUUAGCGAGAUGGGGCGACUUCUCGACGUGUGUGCUGCUGUUUUGGAGAAUAAAGACAAUCGUUUCCUGAAGAGAGAAAUGGAGCGUGUGAAUACAACCAACAAAAUAAAGUUUGCGUCAUUCAUGGAAGUGUUGAGUAAAAGCUCGAUGGAGAAAAUAUCAUUACUAAUGACUGUGGAUGAGAUGGAGGUGACAGCGGUGGAGAAGACUGGUGGAGAAGGCACAAGUGGUGGAGAUGCAGUAAACUUGCUUAACCCAGAAGUAAAAUCACGUGUAAUUAUAAUCUGUCCAGGAGAUAUUAGAGAAGCACUUGCGACUCAAAAAGGAGCCGUAAAGGACGAGGGAUCUUCUGGGUCUGAUAGUCAGGAGGAUUACCUUGGCCUUGCCCCCUUGCCCUCACCUUCAUCAGAUGAGGAAUGGCUCCCUGAGGUUGAUCCCAGCCAGGGUGAUGACCUUGACCCUCAGGCACCAUCUGCAUCUGGGUUGAAGAUACCCAGAUCUGCUUCGGACCCAGACAAACAAGACGCAGGUAGGGAUGGAGAUGAUCAAGAUGUCCAAUGUGAAGAUUCUGCAGACGCCGCCCACCAGGGGCCCCUCAUCUGUGCCCACCAGGGGCCCCUCAUCUGUUCCCACUGUGGAAAAUGUUUCAAGGAGAAAUGGUAUCUGACGAGACACCUUCAGUCCCAUACAAAAUCUUACAGAUGCUCUCAUUGUGCGAAAGGUUUUAAUCUGGCGAAACAGCUGGCAAAACAUUCCAUUAAACACCAAGAGAACACCUUCAGUUGUACCGAUUGCGACGCGGUGUUUCGCCAGAAAUGUACUUUACAGUCGCACAAGAAACGUCACAAAACGGAGAAAACGGUCACGUGCGCGGUUUGUGAAAAAAAGUUUGUAGGGGAAAGGCACAAGUGCAUUGUAAAGCAGAGGACAUUCAGCUGCUCUUCCUGCCCAAAGGUCUUAAAGACCAGAGAAGGAUUGUCUUAUCACCAGGGAACACACUCCGGGGAGAGGAAGUAUUGCUGUGAGACAUGCGGCAAAACGUUCUUCACCUCCGUGUCCUUAAAAACCCAUAUGAUGACUCAUAAAGAGAAGGAUCAUAGCUGUACUGUAUGUGGCCAACCUUUCAACAAUGGACACGCUCUCAGAAAGCACAUGGUAGCCAGCCACCCUGGAGAAACGCCGGAGAAACGCUUCGUCUGCGACGUGUGUGGCAAAUGUUUCGCCAAAAGAGACCAUCUGUAUAAACACAUGAGGAGACACAAGGAAGAAAAACCCUUUUCUUGUGACGUUUGUGGCAAGAAGUUUCAUUCUUCGGGUAAUUGCAAAAGACACGAGAUAACGCACACAGGUGAGAAACUAUAUCACUGUGACCUUUGUGGGAAAAGUUUUACGCAGUCCGGAACCCUAACCAUACAUAAACUAAACACGCACACAGACGGCGAAGAAAAGCCUUCUUUCAAGUGUGAGAUUUGUGGGGAAGUGUUUCCAAGACGUUAUACCUUAAAAAAUCAUAUGGUCACUCACACGGGGAAGAAACCGUGUCAAUGUAGCGUUUGUGGGAAAGGUUUCUUUAGCAAUCCUACUCUUAAAGCUCACAUGCUCAUUCACACAGGGGAGAAACCGUUUGAGUGUGAUCAAUGUGGGAAAAGGUUCACCCAGUCGAGUCAUCUAAAAUAUCACGAGCGACAUGUGCACACGGGUGUCAAACCAUUCGUGUGUGACAUCUGUGGGAAGGCCUACGCAAAUAGACAGAAUCUGAAACUCCACAAGUGCAGUGCUUCUGCUAAACAGUAGUCUGCGCAGUGCUUAUGCUAAACGGUAGUCUGCGCAGUGCUUAUGCUAAACGGUAGUCUGCGCAGUGCUUAUGCUAAACGGUAGUCAUCUAGCGUCACAACUAGAUAAUUGUCACCCUGUCAAUGAGCAAUAUACAAUGCUCAAAAAAAUAAAGGGAACCCUAAAAUAACACAUCCUAGAUCUGAAUUAAUGAAAUAUUCUUAUUGAAUACUUUUUUCUUUACAUAGUUGAAUGUGCUGACAACAAAAUCACACAAACAUUAUCAAUGGAAAUCUAAUUUAUCAACCCAUGGAGGUCUGGAUUUGGAGUCUCACUCAAAAUUAAAGUGGAAAACCACACUACAGGCUGAUCCAACUUUGAUGUAAACAAGUCAAAAUGAGGCUCAGUAGUGUGUGUGGCCUCCACGUGCCUGUAUGACCUCCCUACAACGCCUGGGCAUGCUCCUGAUGAGGUGGCGGAUGGUCUCCUGAGGGAUCUCCUCCCAGACCUGGACUAAAGCAUCCGCCAACUCCUGGACAGUCUGUGGUGCAACGUGGCGUUGGUGGAUGGAGCGAAACAUGAUGUCCCAGAUAUGCUCAAUUGGAUUCAGGUCUGGGGAACGGGAGGACCAGUCCAUAGCAUCAAUGCCUUCCUCUUGCAGGAACUGCUGACACGCUCCAGCCACAUGAGGUCUAGCAUUGUCUUGCAUUAGGAGGAACCCAGGGCCAACCGCACCAGCAUAUGGUCUCACAAGGGGUCUGAGGAUCUCAUCUCGGUACCUAAUGGCAGUCAGGCUACCUCUGGCGAGCACAUGGAGGGCUGUGCGGCCCCCCAAAGAAAUGCCACCCCACACCGGUCAUGCUGGAGGAUGUUGCAGGCAGCAGAACGUUCUCCACGGCGUCUCCAGACUCUUAUCACGUGCUCAGUGUGAACCUGCUUUCAUCUGUGAAGAGCACAGGACACCAGUGGCGAAUUUGCCAAUCUUGAUGUUCUCUGGCAAAUGCCAAACGUCCUGCACGGUGUUGGGCUGUAAGCACAACCCCCACCUGUGGACGUCGGGCCCUCAUACCACCUUCAUGAAGUCUGUUUCUGACCGUUUGAGCAGACAUAUGCACAUUUGUGGCCUGCUGGAGGUCAUUUUGCAGGGCUCUGGCAGUGCUCCUCCUUGCACAAAGGCGGAGGUAGCGGUCCUGCUGCUGGGUUGUUGCCCUCCUACGGCCUCCUCCACGUCUCCUGAUGUACUGGCCUGUCUCCUGGUAGCGCCUCCAUGCUCUGGACACUACGCUGAUAGGCACAGCAAACCUUCUUGCCACAGCUCGCAGUGAUGUUCCAUCCUGGAUGAGCUGCACUACCUGAGCCACUUGUGUGGGUUGUAGACUCUGUCUCAUGCUACCACUAGAGUGAAAGCACUGCCAGCAUUCAAAAGUGACCAAAACAUCAGCCAGGAAGCGUAGGAACUGAGAAGUGGUCUGUGGUCACCACCUGCAGAACCACUCCUUUAUUGGGGGUGUCUUGCUAAUUGCCUAUAAUUUCCACCUGUUGUCUAUUCCAUUUGCACAACGGCACGUGAAAUGUUAUUGUCAAUCAGUGUUGCUUCCUACGUGGACAGUUUGAUUUCACAGAAGUGUGAUUGACUUGGAGUUACAUUGUGUUGUUUAAGUGUUUCCUUUAUUUUUUUUUGAGCAAUAUAUUUUUUGAAUGGACUCAUUCCAUGCUCCUCCACGUGAAGACGAAAAUACAACUAAAACUAACCAGGUUUCCACCUGACCUUUUAAUGCCGAUAAAGUGCACGGUGACGAGCUUGAUGCCCCUUUCCAAUAAAUAUUGAGGGUCUCAUUCUGGUGACAUGAUGAUCGAUGCUUGGCUGCCGUUUUGACAAGUAAAAAUGAUCUCACUCUUUUGUCCAUAAUAAUGUCAUCAUGUAGACGAUAGCCGCACUGUAUCUGUGAGCUGGAGUUUAGUGCAGACGUGCCAAGACCAGAGUGGGCACAUUCACUAUAGUCAGCAGAGUUGAAAAGAAGAUGGAAUCCCAUUUAACUUGUUUUUUUUUGUUGUGUUUUUUUAUUUUUUAUUCGUUAACGUUACAUUGGAAUUUUAGCGGAAAAGUUAUUAUGCUCACUGUGUCCAUCAUGCACAUCCUUUUAUCCUCAAGUCAAUUUAUAGAAACUCAUCCCAGGUAGUAAAAAUAUGAAGAUUGUUUUUAUGCAGAUUUUUAGAAUAUUCGCAUUUAAACUCUGUCUCCAAUUGGAUGGAAACUUUGCUAUUUUAAGGGAAAUAAUCUGUGUACAUUUUUUUGAAUCUGCUUUGAGUGUCUAUUGUCAUGACUGGACUCCAUUCUGUGUCGGGCUAGUAGUCAUUUAGCACCAGACAGAGCCGUGCAGUGGCUAGCUCCCAUCACAAUGUCCUUGUGAAUGUAUUGAUCCUGCUGCUUCUAAUUGGAGACCUUCAUAUUGUUAGGAGUUGUUGAUUGAUCGUCUACUCAUUAUCAAUCAAUAGAUGAGCUCAUUUUCCAAUAUCAUCCAGUCACCAGGUCUUUAUGAUAAAAAAAAUAAUUUGACCUUUUUACUUUUAUCUAGAUGAGAUCAAUGUUUUUUUGGGCUCUCAAAUAGCAGUGAAAUCAAAUGACAUAAUUUGUGAUUUUUACUCCUAGCAUAGUUGCUUCUGCUUUAAAUGCAAAUAUUCUGUAUUUAAAUAAAUAAACAAAUUAGCAUCUGUG